GCAGUGGACCUAAAAGGAGUUGAACUCACUAAUUAGUAGAGAUGUCCGGAUACAUUUGGACAUGCAGUGUAGCUGAGGGUCAAAGCAGAGGAGAUGGAGCAGUUCCAUGGAAAGCAGUGAGGUGGAGGAGCGUCGCUGUGUGAGUGGGUACAGGUAGAGGAUCAGACGCGCUCGUCAGCAGCAGGAGAAGCGUCUCUGCUCCCUCUCCAAUCCCACCCACCGCUCUCAGCGCAAACCCAGCUCCACUCUGUCAGCUCCAUAUCACUCAGCACUGGAUGCAGCUCGCACCUGGGAGGAAGCACCAGCUGAGCCCGCUGAAGCAACUUUAUUGCUCAGGAAACCCGAUCUAACCGAGGAAAGCGGCAUCAGACCUGUUCAUGACUGGAGGAGGCAGGGACAGCGGGCCAGUAUGGAGUGCUCGUGGAAGACAGUGCUGCUGUUGGUGUGCGCCUCUCUGGGGUUGCAGUACACUGCCAUACGCUCCCUUCAGGACUUGUUCCCGGGGCCCUGCCAGGACUCUGGACACUGCCAGGGACGCGUGGGUAAAAAUCACAGAUGGAAAUUCUCUUGCGACGACAACUUUGUACCCGCAGAGCGUAGCAGUGCCUCUGCUCGGAAGCACAUCCUUCUUUUUGCACAAACUCGCAGUGGCUCCUCCUUUACUGGCCAGCUGUUUAACCAACACCCUGAGAUCUUCUACGUGUUUGAGCCAUUGUACCAUGUCCAGCAGACCUUCACCAACUCUAGCAGCCGUCUCCGGAGAGUCCUGGACAGCCGGGCUCUGUUGGGAGCCUACAGGGACCUUCUCCUCAACCUCUACACCUGCGACCUCACCUUCCUGGAGAACUACAUCCGGCCUGAGCCGCAGGAUCACGUGACGGCUUCCUUCUUCCGCCGGAGCUCCAGUCAUGCUCUGUGCUCACCACCUGUCUGCCAAGAGGGUGGAGGGGAGAUUCAGGCAGGGCAGCCAGAUGAAACCUGGUGUCCCAAAAAAUGCCGGACCUUAAACCUCACCUUGGCCUCGAUGGCUUGCCAGGCUCGAAGCCACAUUGCAAUAAAGACGGUGCGGAUACCUCAGGUCGGAGAUCUACGCACCCUGUCAGAGGACCCACGUCUGGAUUUGAGGAUUGUCCACCUGGUAAGAGACCCCAGGGCCAUCUUGGCCUCACGCAUGACUGCCUUCGCUGAUCAAUUCAGGGCCUGGAAGAUCUGGAACGCCACAGACCGGCAGCCACGUUAUGUGGACUUGUCGCAGAUCACCAGAACAUGCCGAGACAUGGAGUAUUCUGUGGAGACCGGUCUGCAGAGACCAGCAUGGCUGAGGAGACGUUAUCUGCUGGUACGCUACGAGGACCUGGCUUUAAAUCCUGAAGACAAGGCCAAAGAAAUCUACAGAUUCCUCGGCUUAAAUAUAGGCAGUAGAGUUCUCACAUGGAUUUCUCAAAACACUAAUGCCACUGCCCCAUCCUCCACUGAGUGGAAUUACAAGUACUCCACCAGUAGAGACUCUAAAGCUACAGCCCACAACUGGAGACAGCGCCUGGGCUUUGACAUUGUUAAAACAGUGCAGACUUUAUGUAACACUACCUUUGCCUUAUUGGGCUACAAGCUGGUACAGUCUGAGGCGGAGCUGAGAGACCUGACAAACAGUUUAGUAGAACCCAGAACAUUUUAGAACCUUAAGUUUGGUCUGUCUGGAAAGGUUUAGACAUACUGUGCAUAGUCUUUUAUUGUAGUCAUAAAUUAAUUUCACAUCCUCACCACCAUAUCCUCAGUAUCAUGAUGUUGAUUGUGAACAAAAUUUUGGCUGCAUUAAAAGAUCACAAUAAAUGUGUACACUACUGUUCAAAAGUUUGGAAGUAGUUGUCAUAGUAAUAAAUGGUGUUCCUUUAUUCAGAAAUAACCCAUACAGUAUAGAUGUAGGCCUGUAAUAAUUAUUACAUAAACGUCACAUCACAGUCGUCUAAGCUAACCACCAUUCAUUUCCACAGCUGUUAGAUUUUACAAUCAUAUAUUCAUGCUGCAACAAAACAGAAUGUGCAUUUGGUGUCUUUUCAUCAGUUGCUUUGAGGCAAAUAAUGAAGUAUUGCAAAAAGCACAAAUAAUGUUAAGCAAAAAACACAACACAUAGUUCUUACAAACACAACGAAAAUGCUACAUUCUAACUUAGAAGCUGGUGUAACUUGCUGUAACUGCCGUAAAACCUUUAGAGGGCAGCAAUGAAUUAUGUUUGUUUAUUUGAGCUUGAGACUGUAACUGUCAUCAGUUGGAAGUUGAAAGUAUCAGCAUCUACAAGCAAGAUAACUACACCACCAAUAUGGCCACUAUGGGCUUGAAUAGUUGCAUGCAUUGAACAAAAUAAGACAAUUACAUUGUUAAUUGCAGUUAAUUAUAUGGCAGUUAAUCACCAGCUACAGGUUCAUGACUGUGACAGGCCGGUGGAGACUUGUUAAUGACUGAUUGCAUUAACAUGCUACUAAGAAUCUGUCUUCAUUUACAGUUUUCCUCAGCUGCUAAACACCAAACACAGAUGCUGAAACCCAUUCGCACAUUCACACAUUUACCUUCUUCAGUGCCCUAACAUCCUCAAACCCUCUGAACAUGCCAGUUUUGAGUCUGCCUUUGUUGGAUCAAGUUAUUAGAGAUUUAAAAUGAAGAGAAAAUGGCAGACGUGAUAGAAGAAAGUGGUGGUGAAGAGGGGGUAGACUGUUCUGAUAUUAUUGAAAUUAUUUUUGGGGGGAAAAUGAAGAUAAAUGACAAAUAAUAUGCCGUAUUUAAGUUUUUAUUAUUUUCCAAACUUUUGAACAGUAGCUUAUGCAAUUAUCACUUUCCAAAGCAGGACAAACAGAAAUAAACCAAUGUCCAACCAAGUCAUCUUAUCACAAUCCAGUGCAAACUGCAAACUUUGAAGGUAAUGCUGGCAAACACUUUUUGUUAAAGACCCAGGGAACCUAUGUUUCCUUUCUGAUUAGGAUAAUCUUGGCCUUGCAGACAACAGUGAACAUGUCCUAAGUACACACUUUGAAUAAUGUUUCAAUGACCAAUAAAUGGCCGAUCUGAGCAGAUUUCUCUCCUCUCUAUGUAAAUCGGGUGGUCCUAAUCUUAGGUGAAGCUUCCGUAAGCAUUCCCAUUACCAACCUCAAGGCUGAUGACUCUUGCCUCGCCCACACAAAACAGUUUCAGGGUCAGAGACACUUAGUGAGGGUCUAACCCUGCAUAACCAAAAGCUAGCAAGCCAGACCACCUGUCUGUUUUUCAUUCAGGUUUGCUAGAUGUUUAACAUGACACUCAUGUUUAGUAUCAUAACACCAUUUUUAAUAUUUUACCCUGUGUUCCCUGGGACUUUAAAUAUCACCUUGUAAUUUCACAGUCUUAAACAUGUCAGUGCUUCAGAUGAUAACAAUAACCAGCUGGUUGGAUGUGCAUAGCUGUUUUCUCUUUCUUUCGAUUUGUUAACUCUCUUGUUACUCUGUUAAGGAUUUAAUGAGAAUGUAUGAAUCACACUCAUAGUCAUCAAUGUAUGAAUCACACACUGCUUCUUCAAUAAUGCUGGAAUUAAAUGCUGCCGAAAGAUCAGUGCCUCGCCUCAGGUAUGAAGUCUCAAGAAAAGAGGACAGACAUUUCCACAAAAGCUAUGGUAUCUUCUUGUAGACUAAAGCUUGUGACAUAACUUCUACACUGCGGUUGCUCGGGAAGAAUCCAACAAAGAAACACAGUGGUGAUUCGCGCACCAUGUUGUUUUUAUUUCAUACAUAUUUAAUAUGUAUGUCUAUUAAAUGGUAAAAUAUUAAUCUGGAGGUUUUGAUGUAAGUUUCUGUGGCUGCUGUGCAGUAUGCAGGGUGAGAAAUAGCUCUGCUCUCCUUGCAUUUGACACAUCAGUGUUGUUAUGCUGAGGCUGGAACUAUUGGUAAGUGCUGACCAUCAUUUCAACUUCGGUGCAGCAGAAGCCCAACGUCAGCACAAAAAUGUGCAUCAAAGAAUGAGAUUAGCAAGAGAUAAUGUCUAUAGCUCACAACCCUUUUGAAGUUCCUGUCAGUUGCUUGGAUUCUGAGUAGAAAAAUGAUUUGCCGUUUACUACAUUCUUGUUGGAAGUAAACGUCCUGCAACUAAAAGGGUUGAGGGUUUUUUGCUGUCAUCACAUGGCCUGUUUUGUGUAAUUAUGUUGUGGUCGUUGAGCAUUAACCAUCUGUGAGGAAUAUCUAAUGACUGUGAUUGCAUUAACAUGACAACUAAGAAUCUGUCUUCAUUUACAGUUUUCCUCAGUUGCUAAAUACGAAACACAAUGCUGCAACACAUUCACAGUUUCACACAUUUAGCUUCCAACAGGGGCGUCACUUGAGAUUUGUGGAUACGGGCUAAGCCUUUACUAAGGGAGUCUGGAAGCAUGCUCCCUCAGGAGGAUGUUUAUUAGUCUCCCCAAAAAGUCUGUUCAUAUCAUUUUAGAGAUUCUGUCUUAGAGUUUAAAUUUCUGAGUUGGUACACAAGACUUGUUUCUUCAUUGUUCAUAGUGUAUUAAACACAGAUCUUUUAUGACUUGGAUAAGCUGCAGGUCCUAAAUAUGUUAUUCAAGUACACAGAUUAUAGAUCUCAGAUUAUGGUCUGUCACGAUUGACCCCUCCCAGUCUCCUCAUGUGCUUUUGUUUACCUUUUAGACCUGUCAUGUGCUUUUGUUUUGAUUUCUUCACAGUCCUGCCCCUUGUUUUGUUGACUCCGCCCCUGAUUC